UAUCAGGCCACUUCUUUCUUUUCACACAUCCUCCCAUCAAUUGACCCAACACAAUGGCAUCCUCAAUCCGACCCGCGAGCCGCGUCCUCGCACGUGCAUCGCACACAUCUCUGUUCUCCCUCGAGUCCACCGCAUCUCGAACCCUUCAACGCCCAGCGACACUCUUCCCCGUGCACAACACAAUCGCCGCCGCAGCCCGCGCCACGCGAAGCACCAAUGGCACUCCUCACCGUGCAUUCUCUACCUCCCGCGUCCAGCUCAAGAAAUCUCCCACCAUGGGCCAGCUGAAGGCCCGGAACUCGACGGGCCCGUUCUCCUGGAAGUCGGCGCUGCUGUUCGUCCUGACGGGCGGCGGCAUGAUCAUCUACUUCCGGGUGGAGAAGGAACGUCUGGAGCGCAAGCGCAUUGCGGAGAUGAGCAAGGGUGUAGGCAAGCCGAAGGUCGGAGGCCCCUUCACGUUGAAAGAUCUAGAUGGCAAGGAGUUUACGGCCGAGGAUCUGAAGGGGAAGUAUAGUUUUGUUUACUUCGGAUUCACCCACUGCCCCGAUAUCUGCCCGGACGAGCUGGAUAAGAUGGCCGAAAUCAUCGACAAGGUGAAUGAGGCCACUGGCGGCGAGAAGAUCUUCCUGCCGGUCUUCAUCACCUGUGAUCCCGCCCGCGAUACGCCCGAGGUGCUGCGCGAGUACCUGAAGGAGUUCCACCCCGGCAUCGUCGGGUUGACGGGCACGUAUGACCAGGUCAAGAAUGUUUGCAGACAAUACCGCGUGUACUUCAGUACCCCGCGGGAUAUCAACCCGGGAGAGGACUACUUAGUGGACCACAGUAUCUACUUCUACCUCAUGGAUCCCGACAACGACUUUGUGGAGUGUAUCGGACGCCAGGACACGCCUGAGUCGGCGACGCGGACGAUCCUGGAGCACAUCAAUGACUGGAAGCGCGAGGGCAAGCCUUUGAGGAAGGAUUAGAGGUCUGCGCGAUUUCUGUCUGGGAGGGGCCAAUAUGUACUAUAGAAUACCCUACUCUGUAAAAUCAUAAAAGACUUGUCUUGGG